UCUUGUGAAUAAACAACUGUGAUACACUCUCUAUACUCCUAGGGGGGUAAUUUUUGUGUAUCUGCUUCCGAGACGCGGAAAUCAUGAAAUUUAGUAAACUGGCCUCAUCCUUUUGCAAAGAGUAUUCAUAGCAUUCUUCACCAAGCCCUCGAGAUAUUGCCAUCAACGCAAGUUUAGGGCAGGUGCGGGCUGGCCAUCAUUCUAUGCGUAGUGGCUAUUUAAAGUACUACCUUGCGUAGACUGCAUCUCACUAUAACGCAUAAGCAAACAGUCGUAUAUUGUAGUGAUAUUGCAUUGCUAUUAUGAUUUUGUGCGGAAACAACAGAGCCUGUUAUGUCCGGCCUGAGCUUUAACCCUGCUGGAAACUCGAAAGAAUAAAUGAAACUUCUAUAUCCACCUAGUUAUCUAUCUAGUGUUGCUUGAGUUACCAAGUACAAGUUUGGGGCUAUGUUACCAAUAUGCUAUACUACGCAAAAGCGCUGAAUAUAUCUACACACUACACCAUCGCCAGCCGUUAGCAAGUUGUUCUAUCAGCCUGCUACGCAAAAGCAUAGGGUGCACUUACAGGCUACACCAUCGCUUUGUACGAGUCUAUGGGGAUCAAAGCAUCUCUUGCAGAUGCGUAAUUUGAAGGCAGAACCCCUCCCUAUUGGUUAGCUUACACUGUUGAUUUGCACUGUGUUUUCCCGGCACCCCACGCAUACCCGUACAUUCCGGUUGUCUGAUUGUGUUAGAUCCCCAUCUACGCACGGCUCACAAUUUUUUGUCUACUUGUGAUUUUUUGAAAGUAAUAAUUAGCAUACAGGCAAAUACCACAAUCCGAUGGGGUGUAGUGGUAACAUUGAGCUCUUCCAAAGCUUAGCCCCAGGUUCGAUUCCUGGCAUCGGUAGCAACGAUGCUUAGCCUCUCUUUUUAGCCUUCUGAUUUUUAGUUUAUAUAACUAUUAUGGCUACAAUCGACGCGGCUCUUUCAUUUACGUUGGGACUAUGAUGUGAAGAACUCAAUCAUCAUCACGCGGCAGAUCUGUUUCUACUACAUUCGCGAAACACGGCCAUCUGCCGCCGGCUUGCUCUCGUAGAUGAGCUUCUUUGACCGGCAAGGGAUACCAGCGGAUCUGCUUCGAGGUAGAACCGCGCAGACGGAUACUAGCGAACAGCAAGAGCAGGAAGCGGAUGACCCGCAAAGCGGUGAAGAAGGCGACACUACGUCACAGUCUAGCGAGGGCGAUAACAGAUUCGAGGACGAUGUAGUAACCCUGCGAAACAUUUGCUUCGUCUCUAUUGAGGGGGAUAGCACAACCUUCAAGAUGCACGCGCUCGUGCAGCUAGCCACGCGGAAAUGGCGCGAUGCUAACAGCCAGCUUGGGCAGUGGAGGCGAGCAUUCGUAACGUUGAUGGCAAAAGAAUUCCCCAGCGGGAGCUUUGAGAACCGGACAAGGUGUCAGAUGCUACUUCCUCACGUAGCGCCGAUGUUUGAGAAGAAGCCUACUGAGGAGGAACUUCUGCAAGACUGGGCGCAGGUGCUUUACAACGCCGGGUGGUACUUGUGGAUGAAGGGGCAAUACAGAGAGGCUGAAGAUGUAGCAAAAAAAGGGGUAGAGACUCGAGAGUGUAUAGCAGGGCAGGAUGACGUUACUACGCUGGAUAGCGUAAGCAUCUUGGCGUUGGUGCUGCGGUACCAGGGAUAGU